CCCUGGGUGCGCGGAACGCAGCUGAGCCGAGGAGAGCGCAGCGGGCGCCGUGCGGGGCUCCAGCUGCAGCCGCGCUUGCCCGCACCGAGCGAGUGGUGAGCAGCCCGGGCCCGGCUUCCUUCUCGCUGCCCGCGGCGUCCCCGGGCGGGCGCGGGCCGCAAUGGCAGCGGCCGAGCGGGGCUGAGCCCGCCGCCCGCCCGCGGUUCCCCGGCCCCCCUCCGGCCCCAGCCAUGGCGAAGCAGUAUGAUGUGCUGUUCCGGCUACUGCUGAUCGGGGACUCCGGGGUGGGCAAGACCUGCCUGCUGUGCCGCUUCACCGACAACGAGUUCCACUCCUCACACAUCUCCACCAUCGGUGUUGACUUUAAGAUGAAGACCAUAGAGGUAGAUGGCAUCAAAGUGCGGAUACAGAUUUGGGACACAGCGGGGCAGGAGAGAUAUCAGACCAUCACAAAGCAGUACUAUCGACGAGCCCAGGGAAUAUUUUUAGUCUACGACAUUAGCAGCGAGCGUUCUUACCAGCACAUCAUGAAGUGGGUCAGUGAUGUGGAUGAGUAUGCACCAGAAGGUGUCCAGAAGAUCCUUAUAGGGAAUAAGGCUGAUGAAGAGCAGAAACGGCAGGUGGGAAGAGAGCAAGGACAGCAGCUGGCUAAGGAGUAUGGCAUGGACUUCUAUGAAACAAGUGCCUGCACGAACCUCAACAUUAAGGAGUCUUUCACGCGUCUGACGGAACUGGUACUGCAGGCCCAUAGGAAGGAACUGGAUGGGCUCCGGACAUGUACCAGCAAUGAGUUGACAUUGGCAGAGUUGGAGGAGGACGAGGGCAAACCUGAGGGCCCAGUGAACUCUUCAAAAACCUGCUGGUGCUGAGGGUCCUGUGUGGGAACCCUGCACAAUAAACCCCUUCCCUCAGGAGGCCUGUGGGCAGACAGGGGAGCCUGGGCUUUGCCUUCUGCUGUCCUCUUAUUUGGAUGAUCCUGUUGACUAUCAGUAGCUGCUACUUCCCCCUGCCUGGCCCUGAGAGCAGCUCUGCUGUCAUCUCUGAGCAGCCUCCUCCCUCAGCCCCUCCACCCUGGAGUGGUAUCUUAUAGCCUGUUUCCCCAGCCAGGCCUACUAUGACCCCAAGAUGUGCUGUGAGCACUGUCCUACCACCCUGAGCUCCCCAGACGAUGGCCGAGUCUGGGGUCAAGGCCAAGUUAAGGCUCCUCCUUUCUCAGUGCAUCUUGUCUCCUUUCUACUUUUUCUCUUUUUUCCACUUUUCUUUCUUUUCCCUUCCUCUCCAGUGUGUUUUGUAUCAAAGCCCUUCAUUGCCCUUUCCUGAUGUGUCCUGCUGUGUGGCUGCUGUGCAGCAUCUUUCUUUCCUUCCUUCUUAACCCUGUCCAAGGGAAUGGACCCAGGGGUCAUGGGGAUAUUCCGUAGUCUCUGCUCCAGGGGGAGCCCCCCCCCCCCAGCCUGCUUUGUGCAUGGGCCAAAGGCUGCAGGGUGCUUCUUACCCUCCCCUCCUGCUUCUUCCUAUCCUUCCCUCCAUACCUCUCCCGUUUUGUGCUGUGGGUCUGCCUCACCAGUUAUCUGGGAAGGUGGAUCAUCAAGGUAGAGAGGAAACACCAAACUGGUAGUCCUCAAACCUGGGGCUGUCCUACCUCUAUCUGUACCCCUCAGCAUGAACUUUGGCCCAUCUGCCUCUUUGGAUAAUUGGGCUUAGAGGCAGGUGCUCCAGAGAAGAAAAAAAAAAUGGUGAGGGGGUGGCAGGGAUGAAAAGUCACCUCCAUUCUCUACCUCCCAUGCAGCGUGUACACAAUUUCUCUCCAUCUAGGCUCCUGUAUUUAAAAACCUGGACGAGGGCCUGAGGGCACUGAGGGACAAGGAGCCCUGGGGCCGAUGAUACUGACAAGCCAAGCAUGCACUCCAGGGAAAGGAGCAUUUGAAGACGAAGGACCAGUCCCUAUGUCAGGUUAAGAGCAAGGGAGAACAGGCCAGGGGCAGCAUUUUGCAAACCGGAAGGGAAUGGCAGCAGCAGGGCCUCCUGGGCCCCACCCUUCAAAUUUAUUGCAUAGGAAUGGCAUUUCCUUAUGACUCCCUGUCAGAGAUGAGAGGUGAGGGUAGUUGUAACCACUUGUCUUCUCUCACUGAACCCAGCCUUCAGCUCUCAAGGUUUUCUCAAGACCCAGAGUUCUUGGGAGAAGGGCAAGUACUUCAUGGGAAGAAAGAAAGAAGACUUUGGGUAGAAAUGCUUGGUGCUGUUCUUUUCAGCCUUUAAGACAAAGUGCUCAUCUUGCCCCUCUAGCUCCUGAAUAGGAGGUCUGAGGGUUUGCCAACUGCACUGUGGUUACAGGUGGAGGGAAGAGGCCUCCCUCCUCCAAAGUUCUUUGUUCAGGAAGAAGUUUGUUUAACCCCAUAUGGUCUAAGGGUAGCUUGAAGGAAGCCCAUCAAAGAUGGAACAAGUCAAUCACCACCCCUACUAGGGUCCUUAACACCACCACCUGCUCCCCUUGCCCCCCAAGAUGGGAGAAGCCUAGGUAAGAGGAUCAUUCUCAAACUACACAUUAGCUGCAUCCGCAUGGCAGAAGCUGGAGCCAACACAAAGGACUGGGUAUUCAGCAUUCAUCAGCUAAGGACAAAAAUCCAGCGCACAAGUAUGUGAAGGAUUAAGAGCUGCACUUCCUUACCUCUCCAGACAAAGGGGGCGGAGGGGAUGAAAUCACCAAACCUUUCCUUCCUACUCUUUAUAAAACCAGGCAUCAGCCAGCAGGAGAGGAUAGCUCAGGAUUUAGGAAUGGCCUAGGUUAGCAUAGUGGAAGGAAAAGGAGAGUGGGAAUAGUGAUGAAUCAUUAGCUGAUUCUUUAGGAUGAAGCCACAACUAUGGCUGGAAAUGCUUCCUUGAGGAUUGACGCCUUGGGUACCAAGAUGUAUGCGGCAUCAUACUGGGAGUGGGAAAGUUGGUAAUGCCAACCUUCAGCCUGCCCUCAGCCAGGGACUUGGUAAGGGAAUGUUAUAUUGGGCACCGGCUCUACCUGUGGGUUGGUAUUGCUGCUUUCCCUGAGAAUCAGGCAGAGCACCCUUGCCUUUCUCUCCUAGCCCCCUCAGGAAAGGACGACUAUAUUUUUACUGUAUCCUGGGAAGGGGUUCUGGAAAGGAAAACAUGGGAUCAGGAUUCUAUGGACUGAUUAACCCUAUUCAUAAGAGCUGCUGCUGGGGAAAGGGCUGGGAGAAGAAGGAGGGUUGGGAUUAGGGUGCAGCUACACUAACUAGGUACCAGAAUUGGUCUCACACCCCUAAACUUCUCAAGUCCAGAAGGUGGCCUGUUAACUUGUCACCACCUCUGCACCUGCUUUCUUGAAACUCAACCCAGUCCCAGGCACACCACCUGCUCCUGAGCCCCCACCAUCUCCCUGUGAUGGGUGAACUUCGUGUACUGUGUCUCGGGUCCAUUAUAUGAAUUGUGAGCAGGGUUCAUCUAUUUUAAACACAGAUGUUUACAAAAUAAAGAAUAUUUCAAAC